UAUUUCAACUUUGAAGUGAACGCACGUCAUUUUUGUCGCGCGCGUUGUUACAAUCCCCUCUUUUUGAAGGAGCCAAACGAAACCCGAAACUGAAAACUGAGCCAAUCGAAUAGCACGCACACUUCCAAAGUUUGUGUACGUGUGUGUGCGUGAGCGAGUGGUCACUAAAAGUAAUAUCGUGUUUACAAAAAAAAGGAAAUGCCCGCGUAAUGCUCUCAAAUAAAAACGAAAGAGUGCAAGUGUGGCAGCAAUAAUAACAAAAACGUAUUCAAUGAAAAUAGGCAGCAGUAAAGGGGGAGCCCCAAAACAACAACUUAAUGUCCAAAUGAAAUAAGUGAAAAUUUCACACCGAAAUUAAUAAAGACAUUAGUGCGUGUGGGCGUGGCUCAUUUGGGGCAUUUAACGGAGGCCAAGAUGUGUGCGCAGGAUCCCUUUACCCAGCACCAGCUGCCUCACUACCAUAAAACGGAGCACCACCAAUGCCUCCAACAGCUGCGGAUGAAUAUGGAGCAACAGGACGGAGCUCCAGUGAGAAAAUCGGCCACAGGAAGGACGGCGGCCACGAGUUUGCAGAUCUGGUACAUCCUACAUGUGAUACUAGUCCUAAUCGACAUUAGCAGCUCGCUGACAAUGACCGAGGUGAAGAUACCCAAUCACAUAAUGCGCCUGAAGAGCGCCACUCUGGGCUGCCGUUACGCCCUCGACGGGGAGUCCUUGUACUCGGUGAAGUGGUAUAAGGACGGUCACGAGAUCUACCGCUAUGUGCCACGCGAUAAGCCCCCCGGACAGUCCUUCCCCCUGCCCGGAGUCAACAUCGAUCUGCGUAACUCCUCGGACACCCAGAUUCUCCUGCGCCGCGUCACCCUGCAGAGUUCCGGACUUUAUCGGUGCGAGGUGUCCGGCGAGGCGCCCGCAUUCAACACCGUAUCCGAGUCGGAGACCAUGACCGUUGUGGUGACUCCCAACCACGGACCGAAAAUAACUGGUGGCCAGCCGCGCUACCAAAUUGGAGACAUCGUCCGGGUUAACUGCACCUCGUCGCCGUCCAAGCCCGUCUGUCACCUUAGCUGGCUUAUUAAUGGGGAACCGGUGCAGAAGGCGCACCUUCGGCAGUACGACAAGGUGGUGGUGAAUCGAGAUGGGUUGGAGAUGGCGCGCUUGGGUCUGGAGUUCCGGGUGCGGACUUUCCACUUCAAGAACGGCGACAUGAAGCUGAAGUGCGUGGCCAAGAUCAGCUCACUGUAUCUGCAGAGCAACGAGGAGAGUGUGGAAAGCGAUCGCCAGCAUCGGGCUCCGGCAUUGGAGUCCCGGGAGACGGUAGCUGCCAAGUCCAGCACGAUUGCUGCCGCCGGUUCAUCACUGACAUCAAGUCUGAUUUUAUUACUGCCACCUGUUAUCCUGCUGCUGUUGUUUCAAAAUUGGAACUGGCCCAGAAAUAGUUAACUCUUUCAACAUUAAGGAGCGCUAAAACUGAAGCCCAUUAACUAGCAGAGCCGUUCGUAAAAGCAGACAUAUCCUACGCCAAAAACUUUAAGACCGAAGCCAAAGGAUUUAUUUAUAUCAUAACCUUUGGUUUAACUCAAAAUUCAAUCGAUGUAUGUGUGCAUGAAAAAAGGGGAUAUAUUACUUAAUUAAGAGCCAGAUAUUUCACUAGAAUAUGAAAUGGUAACUACUUAACGCGAGCAUUUAAGCAGAGGCUAAGAAAUUGUAAAUAAAUAUUCUUAAUAUUAGGCAAUUGUAUGUAGCUCUAAGAAAUUGUUGUUUAGGCAAAUCGUUCGUUGAUCUUAUGUGAUAUUUUCUUCAUUUUGAAAGCGAUAGAAAGUAAAACCGUGUAGAAAAUUAUUUGCAUACAACAUAUUUGAUUAAUUCUGAAAAUCCUUUCAAAUAUAUCAUCCAUUUUGGACAUAUCAAAAGCAACAAUACAUUUCGAUUGUAAAAAACAUAUUCGCACCUUGACCUACAUACCAAGACAAGUCUACAACUUAACCCAACACAAUUUUUCAUUAACAUACGAUUUUAAGCAAGUGUAAGAAAAUUGUAAAGCAAACCCUCUAAACUUUAUAGAUUUAAACUAAUAAAAAAGAAGUAAUAUCAGCCAGAAAGUAAUUUAAGCUUAGACUAAGGAAAACGUGCAUUUGCAUUCCAAAAUUUCCUCAAAGAGAAA